AUGGAACUCUUUCAAAUCAUGGCUGAAGAUCCAGAGAGGCCUCGUCCGUUUUUGUGUGAUUGGCAGGGUUGCGGCAAGCGCUUCAACAGAAAGUCCGAUCUCCAAAGACACCACCGCAUCCACACAAACGAACGGCCAUACGGAUGCAACUGGCAAGACUGUGGAAAGCGGUUUAUCCAGCGCAGUGCCCUCACUGUACAUCUUCGAACGCACACCGGCGAGAAGCCUCAUCAAUGCGAAGUUCCUGAAUGCAGGAAGCCAUUUGCCGACUCCUCGAGUUUGGCAAGACACCGCCGUAUUCAUAGGGGAGAGAAGCCGUACCGUUGCCAAGAUGUUGGCUGUAACAAAGCAAAAACGACCAGAGACAAGCAUCAUUCCAACUCCCAUAGGGGUGGUAUCAAUCGCUCGAUGACCCCCAGACAGCAACUGCACCCUACCUUCAGCUCUGAGUUCGAUCAGUUCCACAUGUCGGCACCGCCCGACCUUACGGCCAGCACCGAAAGCAGCCCGGCUGAUAGCACUGCCUACUCGCCAGCUGCUUUGGAAGGUGACUGGUCCAACCAAAGUUUCAACAACUAUACGCACCUGCCAAACCUGCAGGAAGCGUCGCUCGCCCUUCAGAACCAGAUUAGGUCGCAGCAGAUCCCACAACUCAUGCCCUAUAUGCCAUCGAGGGUUAUGCCUUCCUACUCUGCGCCUCCCUCAAACAUGAUGACCCAGCAGAUGCCGCAGCAGGGGAACUUUAGCAGUUACUCGCCUUCGCCUGUUGAGUCUACUCAACAACAGCCAUGGGGAACAGGAUGUUCUCGCCCUAUCCGGCUCCCCCCCAACAUGAUGCCCGGCCAGAACGACUUCAAUAGCCAAUACCCGCCCCCUCAACAGCAGCAAUCAUGGGGCAUGCCUCAGAAUCAGGGUCAACAGGAGCAGCGCCAGUACUCACUGCCUGCCCCGUCGCAGCCAAUGACGCCGGUACCUGUUUCUGCCGGUACUGGAAACAUCCAACCAAUGCAGCCGAUGCCAGGCCACAUCUAUGGGGCGAGGCUCGUCGGAGAUGACCUCAGCGAUCAUUUCUUCAAGGUCGAGACGAGUGCUGAUGAUAACAAUCCGGGAAUGACGCUGCCGGAUGCGAGGUUUGCUGGCUUGUAA